AUGUUCUCUUUAAUUUGCUUCUUUCAGAAACCAAACGCAUGCAGUUAUCAUGCACACCUUCACCAUUCGACAGCCCUUUUAUUAUCAAUAUUUCUCGGCUUUUUGGGUAUUGAUAGGAUGUAUCUUGGAUACUACGCCGUUGGCAUUAUAAAAAUGUUUUCGCUGGGAGGUCUGUUUGUACUGUGGCUUAUUGAUGUGGUACUUAUUGCAUUACAACUUCUACAACCAGCAGAUGGCUCAGGCUUUAUCAUAAAUUAUUAUGGUCCUCGCGUCUCUCCUCUAAGGUACAUUCCAUGUUUGAUGGAGCUACGAAUUAUUCUGUGUACACAUGCAUAG